UGCACCUGCCUAGCCUGCGCUCAGCGCUCUGCAAGCUCGCACCACCACCACCACACCGGGACCAACGCCGGUUAGCGCUAGCUGAAUUCCGGCCCACACAAUUGUAAACAUUCCCUUGGAUUAUACACGCGCUGCUUCAAAAUGCAACAGCCACCGCCGAGAAAGGCGAAAAUUGGCCAGGAUUUGAAGAACGUACAACAUGACCAAUGGGCGAAAUUGCAAAGCAAACAUCAAGCAGAUUCGGAUUUAUUGGAAGAUGUGAGGGAUUUCGCCAAGCAGCGGGCAGCUGUUGAGAAGGUUUACGCACAGAGUUUACAGAAAUUAUCCACGCAAUUUAUACAAAAGAGGACAUUCUCUUCUCCAACCGAAGGACGGGAAGAACAACGAGAUAGAACAAUACUAGAAGUAUGGAAGACAUUACUGGAAGAGACAGAGAAGAUAGGAAGAGCAAGGUUAACAGCCUCAGAAACAAUCAGUACACAGAUCAUAGAUACCAUCAAAAUACAGAAGAACACAAGAACAACAACAUUGAAGAAGUGUGGAGAUCUGACAAAUAUAUGGCAUGAAGAGGUCCAAGCCAGCGUUAGAGAGUUGAUCAAAGCCAGAAAGAACUAUGUUGAUGCUGAGAAGAUAGCGCAAGAUGCCAGGAGCAAAGCGGCAGAAGCAGAAAAUAGAUUGAACAAGGGUUCGGUCAAGUUCUUCCAGUCACGAUCCUCCCUGGAAAAGACGACAGCCAAGUUGAUUUCCAGGAGAACAACAUGCGACAGGAGAGCAGCACACAUGAGAAACGAGUACUUACUAUGUCUGGCCGCGGCCAAUGCACAUCGGAAACGACUGCAUGAAACGGACGUGCCAUAUCUAAUGGAGACGCUUGAUGGUGAUAUCUAUGAGAGAUUACGCAACCAUUUCAGAGUGUUCAGUACCACGGAAAUUGAGACCAGUACCUAUGUCAAAUCAUGUUUCCAGAAAAUAUCAGAUGAAGCUGAAAUGUCACAGGCUGCGGAAGAUUCCCAGAAGAUAAAGAGAUGUCAUCAGCAACAGAAGUUUUUGAAAGAGAAUCCCAUCUUCACAGACAUUGUCCAGUAUGUCUAUGAUCCAGUUGAGAAUGAUGAGGUGUCAAACUUAAUCAUGGAUAAUACUGAAUCCCUCUACCUCGAGAGAGAAGCCAGACGAUGGGCUACCCAGGUGGCCAAGGAAUCCAACCGCAUAGAAACCCUUACCAGACAGAUGGAAGCGUGCCAACCAUAUCUCAACCAACUCAGGGGUUCUGAUAAUUCUUCAGACAGUGGGUUCUCACAGGACAAAGAUCCAGAGGUCAAGCUGGAUACCUUGAGAGAAACAAGGAGGAAAGCAGAAACUAAUAAAUCUAAAGCAGAGGCCAAACUGGAUGUUAUGAGGAAUGCAGGAAUUGAUGUUGAGGAAUGGCUGAACAGUGCUUACGAAGCGAUGGCCAAGGAAGCUGAAAUUGAAGCCCAAACCAUGCUCCAACAGCAACAUUCUCAACAGGAACAACAACAUUCAUUAGUAGAGCAGCAACACUAUGAAACAAGCCAUGAAGAGUUUGAUGAUGGUGAUGAUGUUGAUGAUGACCAAAGGCAACAUGCACCACAUGUGCGUGAGCUUCAUUCUUAUAGCGUCACAAGUUUUGAUUCUGUGGAUGAGUUUGAACAUUCUUACGAUGAUCAGAUUAGUCAGGGUUCGAGCGGACAUUCCAUCAGCAGCAAAAACCCAACCAAAUGCACAGCCAUCUUUGAUUACACAGCACAGCGAGAUGAUGAGCUGACUAUCAGGGAACAUGAUGUCUUGGAACUUAUUGAAGAAUCAGAAGGAGAUGGCUGGCUCAAGGCAAGAAACCAACAUGGUGACACAGGUUAUGUCCCAGAGAACUAUAUUGAGAUUGAGAAGCAACGGCUCUCCUUCACUCUGCAGUCACCCAAGGGAGAUGGAGGGCAGCAGUCUGGUCAGGAGCUUGGGCAUGCUUCAUCACAAUCUUCAGUGGAUUACGAAGUACAGGCUGUUAUGGGUGUCCAAGGAACUGGGGAAGACUCUGGAAGACCUGCAAUUUGUAUGGUGAGAGCUUUGUAUGACUACGCUGGUGGCUGCCAUGAGGAAUUGUCAUUUGUGGAGGGAACAGUCUUCAAGCUGCUUAGACGGGAUGAGAAUGGAAUCGAUGAUGGUUUCUGGGAAGGCGAAAUCAAUGGAAGGAUUGGUGUCUUUCCAUCUUUGCUUGUUGAGGAACUGGACUCUGAGUCUAGACAGGGUUCAAGUGAUUCCAAGUCCAAAUCAAAAUCUAGGUCCAGGCCAAAGUACAGACAGCACAGAUGUGUCCCCUCUAUUGUAAUAGAUGAUGCCCAUUGCUGGUCCAAUGAUUCUAGUUACACUUAUUCCUCAGAAGAUAGUUAUGCAGAGAGACAGAUUAGGCCCUCCCCUAGAUCCUUUUUCCCUGGUAGGGCCCCUCCUCAUUCCCGUCGCUCCCAACAACGUUCAUCCCCCAAACACCCGAUUGCUGCUCGAAAGGCCAAUCGUAAUUCAGUUGUGAGGUCCUUUAAGAAGGGUAAGAAGAUAGAAUACAAAAAAGCGCCCAAGAAGGGAACCCCCCGUGUCCUUGCUGGUCUUAAACAAAAUGGUGUUUCCUCACGCGAGGCCCAAGUUCAGAGCAAACGGCAGCGAAAAUUAGUAGGUUCAUCCUGUAAAUCUCCAUCUGAUCCACAGUGUAAAGAAUGCAUUCAGUCAGCACGUAAUCGUCCUCCUCUUCCUGAACCAAGACGUGACCCGGUGGAAAGGGGAACGCACAAUAAGUGGUUCCGUAUCCAAUCAACUGAUGACAAUGUUCUCAAAGCGAACGGUGUCCAACAUUCCCGUGCCCCAUCACAUAACCUGCAGCUUUCAGUUGGUGCCUUGGACCGGACCAAGAGCCCUUCCCUUAAUAGCAACAUGAAUCAAUGUGGUGGUUUCAUCCAGUAUGAAGUGUCUGCUGAACAAAUUAAGAAGAGCCAGACUUUGACCCGUGCAAAGUCCUGUUGGGAUUGUAAAGAGGCCCAGCCUUGUCGAUGUAGACCCAAGUCACCCCUUCCUGAUCAUACUUAUUAUGAGUUGCAAAGACCUGAUCAACAUAGACAGCAAUUUCAAAGACAAAGACAUAACCAAUGCUCUCAAGAUUUGCAUAGACAAGGGCCACCCAGACAAGCGCCACCUGGACAAGCUCACCAUAGGGAAGAUCCACGCCGGAAAGAACAUCAAAGACAGGACCCAAGCUUACAAGACUUUCAAAUACGAAGCCUUCAGAAACAAGACCCUCCAAGACGGGACCCAAGAGUUGCAAGUCCCCAAAGACAAGAUUUCUACAAACAAGACUGUAACAGAAAAGAACCUUUUAGACAUGACCCUCAAAUGCAAGAUCUUAAAAAACAGAAUCCGCAAAGACGUAAUCAUCAGAUACAGGAAAGAAAAGACCAUGGAAAGGACCUGCAACAGUGUGGCAUGCACGUACAAGAAUUGAACAGACAAAAUCAGCAAAUGCAGAAUGCACAUAGACAAGAUCUGCAACAACGAGGUAUGAAGAUUCAAGAAUUAAACAGACAAAAUCAGCAAAGACAGUACCCUGUAAGACAAGACCCGCAACGACAGGCCAUGCACAUGAAGGAAAUGAACAGACUCAAUCAGCAAAGACAAGACCAACUUAGACUUAGACAUGAUCUGCAUGGACUAGACCCUCAUCUACAAGAACUUAACAUCAAUCAUCAUAGAAAUACUCCUUGCAGAACAGAUCCACGGACAGAACAUCAUGUGGGUACAGUUCAGGGAAGACAGAAUUCUAAUAAUCAAGAAAAGGUACACCAAGAAGACCUAUGCAGAGCAGUCCAUAAGAAACAAGAAAAACUUGGAACUAAUCUGCACAGAGAAGAGCCUCAUGAACCAAAUAAAAAUCGACAAGACCAAACUGCAAAUUGCAAUGUAAACAGGGACCAAAUAAAACAAAAUCAUAUUGAAAAAGAUCAAGUGGUACAAGACCCAUUCUCUACAAAACAAGUAAUGAAUGGGAAAAUAAGUCAAGGCCAGAGUAGACAAGGACAGCAUAGACAAUAUCAACUUAACAAAGAACAUAACAGCCAGGACUCAGUUGGACAAGACCCAACCAAACAAGACGAUACUGAGCAAGAUGAUUGCAGGGAUUAUGUUAAUGGACCAGACGUGCAGGCACAAGGAGUGCUCAGACACAAAACACAGAAACAAGACAUUCAAGAACAAGAGUUUCACCCACAGAGUUCAGAGGGAGUCAUACAACUAGCUGUGAAUAGAUCAACUUGUAAAAAUGGAUCUGAAAUGGAAACCGUAACACACAGGGAUAGUACUCUAGGUGAUGAUCACCAAUCAGAGGAAGAUAAAGCUCUUCGUAAGUUGAGGUUCCUCAAUUCGAGAAAGAGUCUUGAGCAAAAAUUUAGUGCUCCUAUACUCGGUCAGGAAGAUAGAGUAAGUGCUUGCAUUUCUGGGCUAAGAGAUAAAGAGGCAUCGGAUGAUAAUCAAAAUGAAAAUAAGGUACAGGAGUUGUUACAGGAUGGUGAAGACUGUGGCAUUGCAAUACGAAACAGGCUACAUACAGAAGUGAUGAUUGAAAAGUCAUCCAACGAAACAAUUGGCGAUAAUACAUCUCCUAGUCAAGAUGAUGUGACAUUCCUUUCAGGGGGAAUUUCUAAGGAGGGGUCAAAGAGAAAAUGUAGCAAAAAGAGAACAACUUUCUGUUUAACCAACCAAAAGAGGGAAAGGAAAGUGAGCUCAAGCUUUCACAUUGGAAAAUCAUCGACCAGUGCACGAAACGUGCUUGAAGAGAAGAGAGCAACGUCAAUUCCUGAUCUUAGUUUGCUGGAAGGCAUGUAUAGCACAAGAAUAGGCCCUCCAAUUAGUCCAAGAACUGAUAGCCUUAUCAAGAAAAGGCCAGCUCAUGGUAUCCUCAAGCAGUCCCAGAGCCUAGAUUAUAGAAAGAUAAAGAGUCCCCCAUAUAGCCUUGAUAUAACCGAUGUGAAGUCUAAGUCUAUGUCCAUAGGUCCAAAGCGGGAUAUGAGUUGCCCUGAGAGGCUUUCUGAUAUCUGUAAUGCUGUUGUUGAAGAAGAGGAGGAAGAGGUCAAAAGUCAACCUCACAUUGAUCAAUAUGCAAGAGUUGCAAGGAAUAGAGAUGAAAGGUCAAAGGCCAGGGCACAGGGAUGUAGACAGGUGAUCCAGGAAACCCUGAAGAGCCCCAUCGUAGAGCGCCGUGCUUCCUCCCUUGAUGAAUCUGCUCAAGAGGAUUUGAACCGGUUGAGGAACCAAGACCGUAAAUCCAGUUGUCCCACUGCAUCACUCAUCUUCCAGCAGAAGCAUAAAGAGAUCAUUAGUCCUCCUAAUUACCGCAAGGCAAACAGUCCCAAUCCAUUAUCUUGUGCAAAUAGCAGUAGGGUCAUCAGUCCAACUCUUGAACGGCAUCUGAGAAACCUCAAUUCCUUCUGGUCUCAGAAUCGGGCAUCAGUUGUCAUUAAUGGUCCUCAGGAUACUUCCCAAUCCCAAGUCACACAGCAAGAAGUAAAAUCUCAGAGAAGAACAUCCCGUAGCAACUCAUUUCGUUCAGAUUCCCUGUUGGAUGAUGGCAAGCAAAAGGCUGUCAGGUCCCGUAGUUGUUCCCCCUCAAGAAACAGACAAAGCUCCCCUGCGCUACCUAUCAAUGGACACAAUGCAAAUACCCUCCCUUGGGAUCCACUGCGCUCCUCCAGUAACCCCUCUCCCAUCAAUUCCACCACUACCAGUACCCCUACCACAUCCACCAGCACCACCCUAGCUCGCUCUGCCUCCCGCAGCCCCUGCACCAGCCCUCGGGACAGCCCAAGACUCUCCAGGAAACAGGCACGCUAUUCCUACAUCUCUUUCUUGCUUGCCUGCCAUGGUCUCUCCUUGAUGCAUCUUGUUGCAACACCUAUCAACAAAUUCUUUUUUUAAACUCAUCCAGAAAUUUAGUACCAGACAGAGUCUUUGAAGUUACAUGUAUUUUGUAUGCUUCCUCCAACCAAACUAAGGUGU